AUGGAAGUUUACAUUGACGACAUGCUCGUCAAGUCGGCUCACGCUGCAGACCACGUUUCACACCUAAAACAAUGUUUUGAAAUUCUCAACAAGUACAACAUGAAACUGAACCCGGCGAAAUGCACGUUUGGAGUCACUUCCGGCGAAUUCCUAGGAUACCUCGUUACGAAGCGCGGUAUAGAAGCAAAUCCGAAGCAGAUUUCGGCAAUCAUCAACCUCCCAUCUCCAUGGAACACCCGUGAGGUACAACGCCUAACCGGGCGUAUUGCCGCACUGAAUCGAUUCAUCUCUCGUUCAACGGACAAGUGCUUACCAUUUUACCAGCUCCUUCGCGGAAACAAGCGUUUUGAAUGGGACAAAAAAUGCGAAUCGGCAUUCAGGGAAUUAAAGGAAUAUCUCUCAUCUCCACCAGUUCUUGCUAAGCCGGAGCAAGGGGAAACUCUGUAUCUUUACAUCGCCAUCUCCAGUUCGGCUGUAAGUGGCGUGCUUGUCAGAGAAGAUCGCGGAGAGCAGCAUCCUAUCUUUUAUAUGAGUAAGACCAUUGAUGGUUCUGAACUCCGAUAUCCGACUCUCGAAAAGCUAGCAUACGCAGUCAUAAUCUCUGCUCGAAAGCUCCGCCCCUAUUUCCAAUCUCACACUGUUGAAGUCCUGACAAAUCAGCCUCUACGGACGAUUCUCCAUAGCCUGAGCCAAUCGGGACGACUUGCAAAAUGGGCCGUAGAAUUGAGCGAGUACGACAUAUGGUCGCUUCAUGUUGAUGGCGCUUCAUCAAAGAUGGGCUCAGGAGCAGGCGUGCGCCUAACCUCGCCGACAGGCGAGAUUCUGGAGCAAUCCUUCCGUCUUGCUUUCUCUGCCUCAAACAACGACGCAGAUUACGAAGCACUAAUCGCUGGACUACGUCUUGCACACGAAAUCGGUGUCAAGAAGAUCCAAGCUUAUUGCGAUUCACAGCUGGUAACGCGUCAAUUCAGUUGCGAUUAUGCAACGAAACACGCGCGCAUGGAUGCCUACCUGAAAGUCGUCCGUAACUUGUCCCAAAAGUUUGAAUUCUUUGAGCUCGUCAAAAUCCCUCGAAGUGAUAAUGCCCCAGCGGAUGCACUUGCGACGCUCGCUUCUACAUCAGACCCUGAUCUCCGCCAAGUAAUACCUGUAGAGAGCAUCGACCAAUCAAGCAUCGACGUCAAUCUUUUGUCUCCCGCUCCAGCUGCAUUCCUCGACACCACGCACUCAAUAGAACCAAGCAACGUCUUAGCAGUCACAAGCUCUCCCUCAACGGAUUCCACCACGCCAAACAUUCCAGCUACGCACUCACCAACAUCCACUGCUCCUUCGCACGAUGACUGGCAGACCAAGAUUAUAGCGUAUAUCGCGGACGGAAUCAUGCCAAAAGACAAGUGGGAAUCACGGCGCCUCCGAGUUAAAAGUGCACACUACACAAUGUUAGAUGGCAGUUUGUUUCGUUGGGAUGCCAAUGGCGCUCUUCUCAUCUGCGUUAACACGAAAGACAUCAAUGACAUCAUGCAAGAAGUUCACAAAGGCGCUGGCGGAAACCACUCUGGAGGUCGUUCUCUAGCACUUCGAAUCCGCCGUAACGGACAUUUUUGGCCAACCAUGGUCGCCGAUUGCACCGCCUUUGCAGCCAAGUGCGAAAAGUGUCAGCGUCACGCACCAUUCAUCCACUCUCCGACAGAGCUUCUGCAAACAACAUCCCCACCUUACCCCUUCAUGCGAUGGGCGAUGGAUAUCGUCGGUCCCUUAACUCCGUCAAAUCAAAAGAAGUAUCUCCUUAUAAUGAUGGACUACUUUACCAAGUGGGUCGAAGCAGAAUCGUAUGCCUCACUCGAAGCUAAUGAAGUCCAAAACUUUGUUUGGAAAAAUAUCAUCUGCAGGCAUGGGGUCCCAUACGAGAUCGUUUGCGACGACGGCCCCCAAUUCAUCUCGCUUCAGUUCGAAGGAUUCUGCGCUGGCUGGCGGAUACGUCUUAGCAAGUCAACCCCAAGAUACCCGCAGGGCAACGGACAAGCAGAGGCAACCAACAAGACAAUCCUCGCUGGAAUUAAGAAACGCCUCGACGCAAAGAAAGGUCUAUAG